UUUUAUAUUAUCUUGAAUCAGUUGCUUAUAAUUAGUCAUUUGAUAUUUCGCAACCAUAAAAGAAAGGCAUGUUUUCGUUAAAGCAUCCUUUGCCGAAGCUCCAAUGGCUCGUCUUGGCAACAUAUAUGGUAUCAGCUGUAGUAGCUGUGGAAGAACAACCCAAGGCGCCUAAACACUGCAGUUCCAGUUGUGGACAUCUUAAAAUUCCUUACCCUUUUGGCGUAGAAAAGGGAAGCUAUCUAAAGGGAUUUCGCAUUACUUGCAACACUUCCAUAAACCCAGCAAAAGCAUUUUUAGAUGCUACGAAAUAUGAGGUAGUAAACAUUUCUAUAGCUGAAAAUCGGGUACGAGUAAGGAAUUCUGUCCCUGCAUCUGUGGCUCAUACCUGCUCGGAACUCAAUGGAUCUGAAACUGAUGGACCGACAGCCAUGAUUAAUUUGACUGAUACUCCAUUCGCACUGUCUCAAAACAAGUUCGUUGUAACUGGAUGUAACUCUCUGGGCACGAUCAAACUUGGAAACAGAGAGCUUUUCACUGGGUGCCUCUCUUUGUGUCACGUUAAGCGCGAGGACAAGACUAACGGAUCUUGCUCUGGGAUUGGGUGCUGCGAGGUCCCUAUUACGGAUGGUCUUAAAAUAGUUCAAACGUAUGUGGAUAACAUUCUCACCAAUGAAUCAAAAAUAAAGGAAGUGCUUAAUGAAACAAAGAUCUCGGUGCCCUAUCGUUGUGGAUCUGCUUUCUUAGUGGACCAACACAACUAUAGUUUCGAGGCAUCUGAUCUUGGUGAUGAUAACAAAUUUUUGACUAAGAUACAGCAUUCUACAGUGGUUCUUGAUUGGAUUGUGAGCAACCACACUUGCAAAGAAGCUCGAAGAGACUUGAACACUUAUGCCUGCAAGGGGAAUAGCCACUGUGUGAAGGGUAGUCAAGGUUAUCGCUGCAGUUGCAACCAAGGUUACCAAGGGAACCCUUAUUGUAGUCAGGGAUGCCAAGUUUGA